AUGUUGAAAUCAGUCUUCUUACUCGCCAUAGCGGCACACAUGGGCAAAGCUCACCCUGACCCCAACCGUCCGAGUAUAACCCACCUCCUCCCUCGUCAGAACACGGCAACCGCUACGGCAUUCCGUCCUCCAUUUACCACCCAAGUUGGCAGCUGCGCAUCUCGAGGCUGGGCCCCAUGUGGUAACGCCUGCGCUGAUGUCGCGAAUGGGGCAACAUGUUGUGACAGCAGCGCUAGUUAUAGUAUGUUACGUACUCCCUAGGUUCAAUGUGUAGCGAUUAACGGCCCUAGGGUGUAUAUCGGGAACCUACUGUCUCUUCGACGGUCUCUGCUGCCCCAACGAAGUGGAUCCCGAAACAUGCGUCCGUAAUAGCGGUCUUGAACUUCCCCCCAACUUCUCCAGGCCUUCCCUAUUCCCGUCCCCUACCCAAGCAUUGUCGGGCUCCAGCAAGAAUAAAAAGUCAGAGCCCUCCACAUUCCCUACGGUCAACGAAGAUGCUGUCGCUCCAAAAGAAGCAGCGCCAGUCACCACCACCUACGGCCCCAUCACAGCCACCAUCGGCAACAACCCAGUGACCUUGGCCUUCUCCGGGGAAGUUCUCCCGCUUCAAACCGCAGCCAAUCACAAGCCAGUCUCCAGCAAGUUUAAAGACGCCGUACUUGCAGCCCUGGCAAAGGACCCUGCUACUAAAGCAUUCGGUGACCUUCUGACGCAAGCACCAUCUGUCUUUGAGGGUCUCGAGGAAAAAAAGGAAUACUACCUCUUCGCACCAACAACUCAAUUUGUUGUGGACUUCCUCAAGCGCUUGCGAGAAAAUCCACCCCGGUUGGCCCUCCGAAAAGUGCUCGUCGACCCCAACACGAGCCAACAAUUCGCGGAGAAGCCCAAGGGCGCUCCGGAUAUCAAGCGCGUGUCGAGCACCCUCGAGACGACUCUAGUGGGCGAAACCAAAUAUGUGGACCUCGGCGAGGGCGAAGGCGCUCGCGUGGUCUCGAAUCCGAUAACGAGUGAGAACGGUUCCGUCCACAUCAUCUCCGGAUUCGGGCAUUCGACGUUGGUGCAGGCGGAUGAGAUACCCUUUGAGGGUGGUGUCAUCAAGAAGUGCGACGGGUAAGCACCCCGUUCCUCCCACCCCGGUGCAGUAGCAGCAGCAGCAGCUACCGGUACUAACACUGCCAAAGCUUUUUCACCCUCCCACACGCGCUUGAAACCGUCUUUGCCAACACCAGCGGCCGAUUAUGGUCCACGGCAUUGCAGAAGGCGAAUAUGUUGACACAGCUAUCGGAGAAGCGAAUGGUGACAAUAUUCGCCGUUGAGGACUCCUCCCUGGAUGAGGCAAAUCUGCCCGGAUUGGCCGAUCUGGGCCGACUCAUCUACGACGGCCUCUCAUACACGCCAGACCUGAGUGAUCAGCUCUGCUUGCAGACGAGGGAUGGCGGCUCGGUGCGCAUCACCACAAAAGGCAAUGACAGACUCGUCAACGGCGUCCGGAUCUCCACGUCCAAUGUCAUCGCCAAGAAUGGUGUCAUUCAUUAUCUAGAGAAGGUACGUUACGCAUUCCCUACUCCUGCACAAACCCCUUACUAAGUGGAGUUUAGAUUCCUCCGGCCGAUAAAUGCUCAGGCGCUGGAGGGGAAGUUACCAAAAAGUCUGCCGGCUCAACCGUAGCCGUUUCUAUGAUAGCCGUCCUUGGCCUAUCGGCAGCCAGCCUUGCCGUAUAUUUGGGCGUGUAA